AUGCAGAAACGUCUGGAGGCAGUGGGAGACCGCACAGCGUACGUGUACGCGCUUCAACUCUACGACCAGGUAGUGCUGGAGAUAGGGGGCAACGUGACAAGCCUGCGUGCCGGCGCCCUACGGCCACCUAGGGCUUCGCAGUUCCAGACCACGCGCAACAUCUUCCACCUGCCGGACUCCUCGAGGAAUAAGGAAGAUGCGAGGGAAGUGAAGGAACUAGAGGAGCUGUUCAAGCGGCCGAACAAUAUAUUGCUGAGGCAGAGUGAGCACAAGUCGCCUGUCAACAUGUUGGACUCCUACGGAAAGUUCCACAGCCCCCUCAGCUUGACCGAGAGGAACCGGAUGAAAGAGAUAGGCUACGAAUAUAUCGGGCUGGCGCUACACGCAAUGAUAAAGAACAUGUCUCCUGAAGAUACCCUGCCCAUCUCAACACUACUUCCGGGGAAGACUUCCUCGUAUCACCAUCAUCAUGAGAUCACGAAGCCGAGCGUGGAACCUGGGACUAUGUCAACAACGCAUCAACACAACCACUCAACGAACGCCAACCGUCACUACUGACAAGAUCCAAUCAACCAUCCGUUUAGGGCUGUCACGUGACCAUUUACAACCAAUCACAGAUCGCGUCGAUUUGAGCUCGUUUUUGAUUGGUUGCAACAUGGAUAAGCACAGAC